AUGCUGGCCGUUGCGCUUUCUUUAGGUUAUUUUAUGUAUUUGUUCAUGGGAGCGAUGAUGUUCCAGAUUCUAGAGAAACCAGCAGAGACCAGUACAAGGGACCAGUUCCAAGUUGCAAAGCUCAGUUUCCUCCAGAACUACACAUGUUUGGAUGUGAAAGCCCUUGAACAGUUUGUACAGGUAUGAGAAAUGCAACAUACUUUCCUUGGACAUGUUUACAUCAAGUGCUUAUGGUAUUAGCAGUCGUAUGUUCCCUUUAAAUUCCUACUUCAGCUUUGUAUUGCUGUAUGAAUUACAGGUUAAAGGGAGCUCCGGUGAUUUUCCCAAUAAGGUAGAUACCUACAACCUUUUCCUAAUAUGGUCAGUGGCAACAAAGCUAAAUGAAAUCAUGACUUUCAUCCUACAGGAAUUCAUGAUACAAAAAUCAGUCUGCACAUUGUAGCAAAACAGUUAUAAAUACAUUUUCAGAUAAUAUAUAUUUGUUUUAGGUUAGAUUCUCUUAUUGACCAUAUAUGAUAACUUUUUAACUGCCCACUCAUACCAAUGAAUCAAUCUGCCCAUUCAUCUUCAGAUUUGGCCAAUUCGUCAUCAAAAUUUAUGAGGGAUUUUCCAUUGUACCCCGAUAUUCCGCCCAUUCAUUCUGGAAAUCUGUCCAUUUAUAUUGAGACUGGAAAUCUUUCAAUUCACCCUAUCACCUAUCAGAUCCAAAGGAUCUACCGAUUCACCAUGAGGCAUAGAUAAUCUACCCAUUCACCAUGAGUGAAUGGGUAGACACCAUGAGUGAAUGGGUAGAUUAUCUGUGUGUCAUGGUGAAUGGGUAGAUUAUCUGUGUGUCAUAAUAAAUGGGUAGAUUAUCUGUGUCUCAUGGUGAAUGGGUAGAUUAUCCGUGUCUCAUGGUAAAUGGGUAGAUUAUCUGUGUGUCAUGGUUAAUGGGUAGAUUAUCCGUGUCUCAUGGUUAAUGGGUAGAUUAUCCGUGUCUCAUGGUGAAUGGGUAGAUUAUCUGUGUCUCAUGGUGAAUGGGUAGAUUAUCCGUGUCUCAUGGUAAAUGGGUAGAUUAUCUGUGUCUCAUGGUUAAUGGGUAGAUUAUCUGUGUGUCAUGGUUAAUGGGUAGAUUAUCCGUGUCUCAUGGUGAAUGGGUAGAUUAUCCGUGACUCAUGGUGAAUGGGUAGAUUAUCUGUGUGUCAUAAUAAAUGGGUAGAUUAUCUGUGUCUCAUGGUGAAUGGGUAGAUUAUCCGUGUCUCAUGGUAAAUGGGUAGAUUAUCUGUGUGUCAUGGUUAAUGGGUAGAUUAUCCGUGUCUCAUGGUUAAUGGGUAGAUUAUCCGUGUCUCAUGGUGAAUGGGUAGAUUAUCUGUGUCUCAUGGUGAAUGGGUAGAUUAUCCGUGUCUCAUGGUAAAUGGGUAGAUUAUCUGUGUCUCAUGGUUAAUGGGUAGAUUAUCUGUGUGUCAUGGUUAAUGGGUAGAUUAUCCGUGUCUCAUGGUGAAUGGGUAGAUUAUCCGUGACUCAUGGUCUCAUGGUUAAUUAUCCGGUAGAUUAUCUGUGUCUGUCAUGGUGAAUGGGUAGAUUAUCCGGUGUCUGUGUCUCAUGGUUAAUGGGUAGAUUAUCCGUGUCUCAUGGUAAAUGGGUAGAUUAUCUGUGUCUCAUGGUUAAUGGGUAGAUUAUCUGUGUGUCAUGGUGAAUGGGUAGAUUAUCUGUGUGUCAUGGUGAAUGGGUAGAUUAUCUGUGUCUCAUGGUUAAUGGGUAGAUUAUCCGUGUCUCAUGGUGAAUGGGUAGAUUAUCCGUGGUCCGUGUCUCAUGGUGAAUGGGUAGAUUAUCCGUGUCUCAUGGUUAAUGGGUAGAUUAUCUGUGUGUCAUGGGGAAUGGGUAGACUUGUGCACAGCAAGAAAAUGUGCUUAAGCCGACAGUUUUGAUCCAAUGUCGGUUCGGCUCAGCCAAAUGGUGGUUUGGAAACCAAAUCUGGAGAACAAACUAAAAAGGUGCGAAAAUGGGCCAUUUCAUGGGCUGAAAAAUCUGACCAUAAUAUAAUAAUAUAAUAUGAAUAUUAUGAAUCUAUUUUCCAGUACACUGAUAGAAUCUUUUUCCUGCAACUGGGUUCACAGAUCAACUGAGGAAAUGGAACCAAUAGAGGAAAAAAAAUGGAUGAAUAGCAAAAUAAAAUCUCAGUUCUAUAUUAUAUAAUGCUCUUUAUGUUUUCCCCUCUAUCACUUAAUCUGUGAAUAAAAUAACAUUUAGUGACUGUUCCCCUCUAACCAUCAAUCAUCUUUUUGUUCCCCAAAAAUCAGUUGUUAUUAUUUGGCACCACAGGUUUUUAUUUGGCACCAACUCAUAAAACAAUGGUUUUAGCUCAAGUAACCCUUGCUGUGGUGAUCUGCCCCUCCCGAACUUAUAAAAUACCAAAAUAAACACUAACUCAUGUGGUAAUUUUGCACAGGAUUAACAACUCUUGUUCUGGGCUGUCUAAUGAUGCCCCAGGGACACUACUUGGGGUGGAGUUACCUCUAUCGGAGAGAUACAGCAAUUCGGGCGAUUGUUAGAUAACAAUCCAUCUUGGAAUUCGGCUCAAUACAUGAUUAAAGGGCAUGAUUUGUAUACUCCGUUCUUUCGUGGCAUUCUGAUCUACACAAACAUAUUUUCCCAGCAUGCAAUGCGACACCUCAUGAAAUUUUGCGCACAAUGCCUGAUGGUAAUGAAAGUCAAUAGACCGUGCUUCAACAAUAUAACAGAAACAUAUAUUGGUAUGGAAAAACCUUAAUGUUUCUAACUGAUUAUAAGCGUCCAUUGAUCAUUUUUGGCCAGACCAAGGAUUACCACUGAGUAGAAUGGUUACAAUGAUAUAUGGUAUUUCUGGGGCUUGUUCUCAUCAGUUUUAAUACAAGACAUUUAAUUAUAAUUAUUAUUAUUUUAUUAUUUAUAUAGCGCCAUCACAUUCUGUAGUGCUGUACAUUGGGUGACAUAUCAACAAUGUCAGCAACCUUAUUAUCUUCUAUAGAACUUUAUCUUAGAAAAUAUUGUAUCAUCUUCUCCAAUGUGUCUACACUAAAUGCCCACAAAUUGUAUUAGAAGUACUGAAACCAUUAGUGUGUCCACAGUCUGUAUUGACAUUGUAGGACCCAUUGAUGGUUAAGUGUAUCUGCUCAUUGCAGACGCUUAUUUGAGAAGGCUUUCAAUGUCUACAUUAACAUCCACUCCAAGAGCACUGGACUUCCUCAACCUUUGCUCUUCCUUCGUUUGGGUAAUGGGUCACAGGUUCAUCAGGAGAAUUCAAACAUUUCUUCAAAAUCAUACAUGAAAGCACAUGACCCAAUACCAGAAUCUCCAGCACAAGUAAUGUUUGACAGAUUAUUGGAGCAACUAGCCAUAUUGGAACCAAUCUCUGGAUGUUUAAAAUUAUCACGUGGAUGCAUUUAUUGAGCAAUAUGUGAGAGUUGUAUCCUGUAUUUAUGUGCUAUCUGUGCACCCUAUGUUUUAAGUAAAUUAUUAUUUUUUUUUAUUAAAAAGUGCCUGGUAGAAAGGAUUCAUAUUUGAAGACUGCAAUAUGCAUUUCUUAAAUGUGUCUCUGUAGUAAAUGUGCAAAAAGUAAUUUUAAAAUAAAUUUAACGUCAAAAUAAAAUUCCUGCCAAUUGUCGAACAAAUUGAUUCUUAAAAUUCAGUUUGUUCACCAAUCAAAAUCCUUUGAAUUAACCUUUUUAAAACGAUUUUAAUUUGGAAGAUUCUGAUUUCGUUUGCUUGUGAACUAACUGAGUUUUCAGAAAUGAUUCACUCGAGUAAACUCUUAAAACUAAUUUUUGCACGUCUACACCGGUAGCUAAAAACAAAAAAAACCGAUGUGAGUGCCAUAUGUUUACUUAAUGUUUCUAACUGAACAAAAGAUGCAAAUACAAACUGUGCCCUGAAAAUGUACCUAUGCAAUGUAAAAAUGUGUGUAACAUGAAGAACGAAUAUAUUAUGAUAAUGCAAGAAAGAAAUGAGUAAAAAUGGCCGGAUGAAAAGUAUCGGCAUGCCACGGGGACCAAAACCGUAUCUAUGAUAAGUUAGAUAUAUGAGCAAGUCGGUUGUGGUCUGCCGAAACCGACAUAUUGGGUAGGCCUGUAAUAAAAGAGGGCCCACCUGUAAUAGUAAUAUGUAUAAUGGGAGAGGUGGGAAGGAUGAACCCAGCAGCAUCAGCCCUGUGGUGUAGGGGGCCUAAGUUUAAAUAGCUGGGUGACCCCUCCCACAACUUCAGGCUCCACCUUCCAAUUUGUAGUCGGGAACCAAAGCCGUAUCUAUCAUAAGUUAGAUAUAUGAGCAAGUCGGUUGUGGUGUGCCGAAACCGACGUAUCGGGUAGGCCUGUAAUAAAAGAGGGCAAAAAUUAAAUAAAAUAACCUUAUUACAUAUCUCUACGUAGCAAGAUUCAUGAAGGCUUGUCUACUCAAGUCUAGCUAUGGUUGGGGUAUGUAUCUAGUAAUACACUGCGGAUUUCCGCAGAUACAGUUGCAAGAAAAAGUAUGUGAACCCGUUUGAAUGAUAUGGAUUUCUGCACAAAUUGGUCAUAAAAUGUGAUCUGAUCAUUAUCUAAGUCACAACAAUAGACAACCACAGUCUGCUUAAGCUAAUAACACACAAAGAAUGAAAUGUUGCCAUGUUUUUAUUGAACACACCAUGUAAACAUUCACAGUGCAGGUGGAAAAAGUAUGUGAACCCCUAGACUAAUGUCAUCUCCAAGAGCUAAUUGUACACCAGUUGGCUGACAUCUAACUCCAAUCAAUGAGAUGAGAUUGGAGGUGUUGGUUACAGCUGCCCUGCCCUAUAAAAAACACACACCAGUUCUGGGUUUGCUUUUCACAAGAAGCAUUGCCUGAUGUGAAUGAUGCCUCGCACAAAAGAGCUCUCAGAAGACCUACGAUUAAGAAUUGUUGACUUGCAUAAAGCUGGAAAGAGUUAUAAAAGUAUCUCCAAAAGCCUUGCUGUUCAUCAGUCCACGGAAAGACAAAUUGUCUAUAAAUGGAGAAAGUUGAGCACUGCUGCUACUCUCCCUAGGAGUGGCCAUCCUGUAAAGAUGACUGCAAGAGCACAGUGAAGACUGCUCAAUGAGGUAAAGAAGAAUCCUAGAGUGUCAGCUAAAGACUUACAAAAGUCACUGGCAAAUGCUAACAUCCCUGUUAGCGAAUCUACAAUACGUAGAUUAAACUAAACAAGAAUGGAUUUCAUGGGAAGAUACCACAGAGGAAGCCACUGCUGUGCAAACAAAACAUUGCUGCACGUUUACAGUUUGCACAAGAGCACCUGGAUGUUCCACAGCAGUACUGGCAAAAUAUUCUGUGGACAAAUGAAACCAAAGGAGUUGUUUGGAAGAAACACACAACACUAUGUGUGGCGAAAAAAAGGCACAGCACACCAACAUCAAAACCUCAUCCCAACUGUGAAGUAUGGUGGUGGGGGCAUCAUGGUUUAAAGAGGAAUGGUCAAGAAUUACUCCUGACUGUUGUGCACGUCUGAUCUGCAACUACAGGAAAUGUUUGGUUGAAGUCAUUGUUGCCAAAGGAGCUUCAACCAGUUAUUAAAUCCAAGGGUUCACAUACUUUUUCCACCUGCACUGUGAAUGUUUACAUGUGUGUUCAAUAAAAACAUGGCAACAUUUCAUUCUUUGUGUGUUAUUAGUUUAAGCAGACUGUGAUUGUCUAUUGUUGUGACUUAGAUGAUGAUCAGAUCACAUUUAAUGACCAAUUUGUGCAGAAAUCCAUAUCAUUCCAAAGGGUUCACAUACCAAUAUAUAAAUUUAUUGGGGUUAUUGCAAACUGUGGUCUGCCAAACAUAUUGUUCAAAGGUGCUGUUGCUCAAUAAAAGCUGAGUUACUUAAAGGGACAACCCAACCCCUGAAGCACUUUAUCUUGCUGAAAUGUUUUAUUUGAAAAGUGUGUCCUUUUUUCAUUUUACAAAAAGUGCAGAUUUCAAUAGAAAUUGGUACUUUUAUAAAUUAACCUUGUUACACCCCUGGCUGUCAAUCAGACAACAGAUCAUAUUACUUUCUGGUUUGGUUAACCAGUGGAGAUAAACUCAAGAGGCAGCAAUUAUCCAGAACACCUGCCUUGCAAAGACUUCUUAUUGAACUGCAAUGGGAAGUCUGUGAUUGGACAGCCAUAGAAAGUCUGGGCGGGGUUAGAAGGGGAGGGCUUGCAAAUUCUACAGACAAGGCAUCUGCUGCUUUUGAAAGCUGUUUUUAUAGAUAUCCCCACAACAUGCAUAAUUGAAUGCAUUGAUGCAUUUAUUGAGUUAUAUCUAUUGAACAGUGCUUUAUUUAUUUUUUGUAUUUGGGCAUUGGAGUAUUUGAAGUGUUAACCCAACAACGGAGACAAGGAAGCUGCUAAGCAGGAAUUCUAUUAGCAUCCUUAGCUUAGCUUUGCAGUGGAAGACUUAGCUCUUUGGCUGAGAGUGUCAGCUGAUCUCUCUGAGCCAAUGUUUGAAUACAAGUAUAUAUGUAUGUUCAGAUCUAUUUUUUAGGUCAGAUGCGUGUUUACUCACCGUGUCAUUUUUACCUAUCCCUCCUCUAACGAUAACUCUUCUUAACCCCCUUACUCUUUGAUUUCUAUACAUGAUGUUUAGGAUCCACCAGAAGCAUUGCCUCCUAACCCGAUUUUUGGGUCCUGUCCCACUGACCCACUAGUUCCCUGCUGUUCCACUUAUGGGGACACUAGAGAACUGUCCUUAACAAUCAUAGGACGAGUGCUCAUGUUAUGUUCAGGGCUUAAACAGUGCUCCCUGCAUGUCCUGCCCUCGUGGGUCGGCCUGAGUGAUGGACAGGCAGCCUGAUGUGUAUUCAUACCAGGCUGACCUGCCAUUAACCCGUCCACUUUCCGAUAGGACUUCUAUUUUGGGUGUGGCGCUAGUAACACAAUUGGAUCACUGGUCCGUCCCUUUACCUCCUUCCACCAAUUCUUAAGACACUGGAGUUGGGAGGCAUGCCCCGAAAAAAUGGUGUCUAUAUCUCUCUUUUAGACUCCUAGCCUAAUUUACGCUAUGUACUAUAUGCUGUGAUGUUGAUUUAACCUAUGUUGUUUCUUUAUCACAUUGCAUCUUUAAAUUCUUUGUGUCAUAUAGGUUAUCAGUGUUUUAGCCUUGAUAAAGGGAGGAUCUCCUGAAAGCUUGUCUUUAGAAAAAUCACAUCAGUUAAAUAAAAAUGGUGUAAACAGACACUUCUGUGAUAUAUAAUUAUUAUAUUAUUAUUAUUAUUAUUUUAUUAUUUAUAUAGCGCCAACAAAUUCCUUAGCGCUGUACAAUGGGUGGACUAACAGACACAUAAUUGAGAUCAGACCACUGACGUACAGGAACAGAGGGGGUUGAGGACCCUGCUCGAUGAGCUUACAUGCUAGAGGGAGUGGGGUAUAGUGACACAAAGGGUUAAAGUAGGGGAAUUAAAUAGUUUGUUACAGAAGGGUUUAUUGAGUGCUUGGUAGGUCAUUUUUGACAGGUGCAGGAACGGAGUCAUGGGGUGGGGGAUGAGAAACCUGCUGACAGUUUAAUUGAUACGCUUUAAUAAAGAAGUGAGUUUUCAAAGAUUUUUUGAAGGAGUGGAGGCUGGGUGAAAGUCUGAUUGAGGAGGGAAGGGAGUUCCACAGAAUAGGUGCAGCCCUGGAGAAGUCUUGAAGGCGAGCAUCAGAGGUGGGGAUCCGGGCAGAGGAUAGGAGUAGGUCUUGGGCUGAGCGCAGGGGUCUCGUCGGGACAUACUUGUGUAUGAGGGAGGAUAGGUAUGUUGGAGCAGCAUUAUGUAGUGAUUUGUAAGCAAGCGCCAGAAUUUUGAAUUGGGCCCUAUAUCUAACUGGAAGCCAAUGCAGGGACUGACAGAGCGUGGAGGCGUGGGAGGUGCGACCGGACAGGAAAAUAAGCCUCUCAGCCGUAUUCAUUAUAGAUUGCAGUGGUGCAAGCUGGGAACAUGUAAGACCGGUGAGAAGGGGAUUGCAAUACUCAAGGCGAGAGAGAACAACAGCAUGUCCUUUACCUGCUGGAAUAGGUUUUUGAUAUGUAUUCUUUAAAUAGAUUAGUUUAACCAUGCACUGCGUUAUAAUACAAUAUUAGCCCUUGCUGGCGAUUAUUCAUCACUUGACUCAUUACACGCAUCACAUGCUAUAACAUUAAUUCAAGAUUCUACCCUAAUAAUAUCCUAAUUACAUAUGUUCCUAUCUAAAAAGUUGGCACCAAAAUACCUCAAUCCCUUCUGAAACUGUCCAACGAAAUGAAGCUUGUCAAACUGUCUAUGAACCUAUUACAUGGUAUUACAUGGUAUUAGUGUUUAAGAAAAAAUACAUUAUAUGUUUUAUAGUUUUAUCGAAUACAAUUACCAUGUUUAAUUUAAAGUGAUAAUGAUCGAGUGAUGGGAUUCUGUUGUUGGAUGAUACAAUGUUACAUACAAUAUCUAACACCAUCGAUCUUCCUCAGAUUAUAAUGGAGGCCUGGGAGAAGGGCUUGAAUCCGAAAGGAAAUGCCACCAAUCCAAGCAACUGGGACUUUAGCAACUCCUUCUUUUUUGCUGGAACCGUCAUCACAACUAUAGGUAAUUGGCAGGAAUUGCAAAGAAAAUGCGAGUCACAGGUCAAUGACUGUAAGAGUUCCAGAACAAUGACGAACAGAAUCACAGGUCAAUGACAAUAAGAGUCCCAGAACAAUAGCAAUGAGAGACACAGGUCAAUGACUGCAAGAGUCUCAGAACAAUGACGGUGAGAGUCACAGGUCAAUGACAAUAAGAGUCCCAGAACAUUAACAAUGAGAGUCCCAGGUCAAUGACUGUAAGAGUCCCAGAACAAUGACGAUGAAAGUCACAGGUCAAUGACAAUAAGAGUCCCAGAACAAUAACAAUGAGAGUCACAGGUCAAUGACUGUAAAAGUCCCAGAACAAUGACGAUGAGAGUCACAGGUCAAUGACUGUAAGAGUCCCAGAACAAUGACAAUGAGAGUCACAGGUUGUAACGAACUCCUUGUACUUUGUAUAGUACGUUCGUUCUCAUACUCCAGAACUGCUAGAGGCUUAAGUGAUUAUAUUCCGUUUGCAUAGCACGCUAAUUCGUACUCUCCCGAAAUCCAAGCAGUUGGUAGAAAAAAAUCAAGCGCUUUUUAGUUCGCAUACCCAAACAUCAGUCGAGACUUGAUGAAGGGUACAACUGGAAUGUUUUAUUAUGGCCAUGUGGCCCACUUUUAUACACAGACCCCCAGCAUGAACACGCCGUAAAACACGCCCAGGAGUCUCUGUGUCUGGGAGAUAAUUGAGUUCCCUUAAUCUAAUUAUCUCCCAAGCACUAGAGUUACAACAUAUAAAACAUAAAACAACCCAAAGCAUACAUAAUAUUAAUAGGGACCCCAGAAAUCCUAUAUCCCCAGAUAGCCUGGAUCUGAGUGCCCAAAGUGUCCAAAUAGUGCUCAGAUUCCAUGAAUACAGCCAAAUCGCCCCUUGGGUAAAGUUUUGACCGACCGCACACGUAGAGUCUGCCCAGAAAAGUUCCAUGAUAGAAGUGGUAGCAGUCACUUUCGGGAGUCCCAAAACAAAUAAAAUACCAAACGGUUCCCCUGGCUCACAGGUAGCGAAUGUUCCUCUGGUUCAUGAGUACCUUUUUUCCAAAUAGUGCUCUGCUGGCUUGUCAAGAAUAGAAGCAGGCGUUUGUACAAACUUACCGGUGUUCGCGAGGUUGAGUGUCCAAUUUAGAGUUCCAGACACUCGACGACCAAGUACCGCUGCCUGCUUUUGGGACACCAGAUGCGUUUUUCAGCGCACGUGUUGUUCGAUUAUACGAACGGCGGCCGCCCAGGGAGAAUACUUGACCUUGUGGUUACUUUGAAGUUAAAUGAGCCAGGGGGGUAGUCGGUGUUUGGUAGAUCCAACUACUGAAUGCAGGAAAAAAUAACUGGGGCAAGGGAAAUUACAGGGUUUGUCACACAGGUCAAUGACAAUAAGAGUCCCUGAACAGUGACAAUGAGAGUCACAGGGCAUUGACAGUGAGAGUCACAGGUCAAUGACUAUAAGGGUGUCAGAACAAUGGCAAUGAGAGUCACAGGACAUUGACAGUGACCAUCACAGCUCAAUAACAAUUAAGGUCACAGGAGAAGGAAUAUGAAAGUCCCAAAGUAAUUACGAUGAGGGUCCCAGAUCCAUGACCAUGAGAACCACAGGACAAUUAAAUUGUCAGGGAGACUCAAAAAAACUGCAAUUUCAAGCUAUUAAUUUCAGUCUUGAAAGCAGCAAAUAAUUCUGUCACUGCACACACUCGUAUACAACAAUAUUCCAAAUACCAGCACGCUAAAAGACUAAAAUAAACUAUUUCUACUUUAUUGUAUCAAAAGAAAUCUAGGUCAACUUUUCAGAACGUUUAUCAGGGCAGAGUGCUGGCAUUUGGAAUCUUUAUAUACACACAUAAAUAUACAUAACAUACACAUGCACAUAUAAUAUAUAUAUUUAUUGCAUUUAUAUCCUUAAUAUUUAUGUAAUCACUAAACUGAUACUUAGAGAGAAUCAAGGGGGAAUUACAAAUAUUAGGCCAAGAUUGUGAAUUGUAAAGAAUACUUACACUCUGCUAUAUUUCCAGCUUGAAUAUUUUAUAUUUGCCCAUAAUUUGCCAACUGUUAGUCCUUUAAUUAAUAAAUUAUAAACUAAUAGUUUGAUUCUGCUGGGAAUGGGAUCUUCUCAUGCCCGACAGAGUAAUCAUCUGGGCACUAAUUCUCAAUGUUCUGCUUAUUUUCAGGUUAUGGUAAUUUAUACCCCAGCACUGUUGCCGGACAAGUUUUCUGCGUGUUCUAUGCAUUGUUUGGGAUUCCUCUCAAUGUGGCAUUUUUAAACCUUAUUGGGAAAGGGUUAAAUGCCCACCUGCUGGCACUAGGAAGAUGUGCACAAGAACCUGAAGGCUCGGGGGUAUCUAUCCUACAAUAAUGUUCCAUUAUCUUGCCUGUACAGUUAUCAGCCUCACAUUCCGCUGAGACAAGUGGUGCUCCUGAUCCUUGAAAUCUCAGAUUUAUUAUUCUAGAAGGAUUCCUCUGGGAUCUUAAUAUGAACGCACACAGUAAAGUAGAAUAAAACCGUCAGUGUCAUUUAAAAUCAUAUAAAGUAUUUAUUGUGUCUCAAAAAAUAUAAAAUUAAGAGGUAGAAUAUUUUAGACAUUACAAAUUGAAAGAACUAAACAAGCUAAACCGAGCUUUGUGCUCUGAGCGACACAUAGUCAUAAGCAGUUUUCAUAAGGGGAAAUACCACUGUUUAUAACUGACUUUAAUUUCUGUAUUAACGGCUUUGACCCUUAAAGGAUAAUUAAAUAACGGUAGAGUUUAUUAUAGCAGCCAGUUUAUUGUAUUGUCUACAGGGCCAGAGUAGGAGCCCAUUGGGCCUGGUGCUGACAAUUAUGAUGGGCCUAAUUACAGAAUUUUAUCGACAGGAAACACUAAAACAGUUAUACCUCCCAAGCGUCAUGUAUCUGGUGGAGGUGGUGUUGGAGGGAAACUCAAAGGAUCUAACUAUCAGAAAACACAUACCCUAUGCUAAUCUCUCGCUUUCAUCUUUCAAGUAAAUCCAUAUCCCCUAACAGCAGGUCCGGUGAAGAAGGAUGUAGGUGGGCGUCUGGUGACGAAAAUCAGGGGGUGUGUUUGCCCAAAGAAUUAGAUGGUCAGCCUGGCAUGAAUGCAUGUCAAACUGUUUGCCAGGGUGGCCAGCUAAGGGCAUACUGUGCAGAGAGCACCCUAAACUUGGCAUAAAUGCGUCUAAUGAUGCACUCGCUCUAUGCUUUCUAAGGACUGUCCCGUAGCAUUCACUUGUCCGCUCUUCUCCUAACCUUCUUACUAGCAGGCAGAAGCUCCUGGUAUAUAGUCUGAGACAGAGAAAAGUAUAUGCUGUGAGUGCAGAAGAAAGGGAACAUGCCAUAGUGUUAGAGAGACUGAAGUAACAACAAGAGUGUUUGCAUAGUGCGCAAAGUUUACCUUAACUAAUUUCAUUGUCAGCCAGUUUACACAACAUUUGUUCCCCAACAUCCCUCUUAAGUUUUCAUACUUAAGCAAGAGCAUGUGAAGAGUAGUUAAGUUUUUUUAUAUUUUUUUUCAAUCAAUGGGCCUGGAGCUGCAGCUCUCUCAGCCCCUAUGUUAAUCCAGCCCUGAUUGUCUAUAUAUUCCCGGCUGCGGGAGAGGGUAGUGGGAUUAGUAAAAUACUGAAGAGUGAACUUCUACCCAGGUGGUCCCCAUCUCUCCAUGUCUGAAUGAAUUAAGGCAUUUAUAUUUUAGGCUCAUUACCUUAAUCUAGAACAAACCUUACUUUACUUUUUGUUUUGGAUAAUUUAGAGUUAAUAGUAAGGUUAUUCCUUUUGCAGAAACAGACUUUGUGUCUUUUUGUGGUUUGAUUUUGACAAAUGCGGUAUAAACACCACCUUCCCAGAGCAGCUGGUGGAGCUUCCUGCGAGAUCCAGCGGCCGAUGUAGGAGGUUUGGAACCAUUUCCUGGUUGCAUAUUCCUCUCACUCUCACUGCCCCUAUUUGACCAAUGUAAUACCUAAAUUAUACAUGAUGCAACGCUAUAAUUUAUAUAUUACCAAUAUAAACUUCAGCGUUGUGCAGUUAUACAAGUAUGAAGCAACAAGUAAUUGAUAAAUAAAAUAAUAUCACAGAACUAUGAAGAAAUACAGGGCCAGCCCAUGUGAGUGGACAUUGCAUGUCUUGUUCGAUUUUUACACUGUGUAAAUCAAGUAGCAGAUGUCAUAACUCGGCACCAGAUAUCAUUCAGUCAUGCUAUGGCAUUGAGAGAGGGGGAGAGAGAGGUGUCUGCUGUGGGAAAAUGGGUAAACCACCACCGCAGCCACUGUAUCACCAGGGAAAAAGGUCCUCGUUCACGACAAACCAUAAGCAAUUGGAAAUAGGAUUCUAUGAAAAUAACUGGCUAAUAAAAAAAUACCUUAAAUUUCAUCAUGAACUCUUGCCCAACGAACCAGGGAGCACUAGCCAGGUUUACCAGUAAUGGACUCGAUGUCAUGCUAUGGGCAUUCGUACUGCUGCAGUGUUAUAUGUCCUACAUAUUAUAUGCAAAUGGUAUAUAUUACAGAAGGGGAUAAGAAGUCAAUUAACUUUUUUAUUAACUAACCAAUUUCAAUGAUAUUACACACAAUGAGUGCUUAACGUGUGGAGAUUUUAUUUGACUAGGUAUUAACAGACCUCCAUUUGCUGCCUCGCAGGACCGGCUCUUUCAAUUGCAUUGUUCAUAACAUUAGUUAAUUAAUGAGGCUCUAGCGCUUGAAUUUCUACGGAUAUUCUCAUUGAGCUGCUCAAGUGUAGGUAGUUCGUUCACGUACACCCGCUCCUUCACAUAUCCCCACAGGAAUAAAUAAGGAGCUGAAAGGUUGGGCGAACGUGGCGGCCAUUUAAUCUGGGAAUUUCUUGAAAUUAUCCGCUCACUGAACAGUGGUCUCAGUUGAACAGUGGUCUCAGUUUUCAAAAUAAAAUUCCACAAUAUUUGAUGGUUGUUACUGCGGGAAAGCACCCAUGAUGAAUCUCCCAAGACUCUCCCAUGAAUCAUCCAUGAUGAAUCUCCCAAGAUUUAUAAUAUGUAUCUGCAACAAAAAAAUGUAACUACUAACAAAUAAGUUAUUUAUCUGUCAAAUCCUACUCUGAAUGUUGACCCAUCCCUUUUAUAUGCAAUGUUACAUAUAGUUACAUAGUUAUAUAUGUUACUUAUUAUAUAUCAUGUUAUAUGUUAUUCUCUGAGUGCUUUGCAAUGAUCCAUGUGUCAGGGAUUCCAUUGAUUGUGACUAAACUCGGAUUUUCAGAUAAUGAAGAUAAUGAUGAUGGCGGUCUAUCUCACAACUGGCUCCCUGUUAUUCCUGGUCUUCCCUCCCAUGAUCUUCAGUUACGUGGAAGGCUGGAGCUACGGCGAGGGGUUUUACUUUGCGUUUAUCACCCUCAGCACCAUUGGAUUUGGAGAUUACGUGUUAGGUAUGCCAUUCCAACCCAUUCACAUUGUCACACCAUGUUAGUGUGCCCUGAAAUCUAUCAUUCUUUCGCAAUUCUGUGCAAUUGUUGAAAAAAGUCUGGUGUCACUGGAAUUUACAAUGUGCGUAAUAAUUGCUUGGCAUGAAAUAGAUGUUUUUCUCCUUAUCCUGGCCAGUGUGGUUUUGUUAUAGUGCUCCUGUCAUGCCAAAUGGAUAAAAAAAUAUAUAGCAACUAGCAGACAAAAAUAAAUAGACAUACACUGAUCAGUCACAACAUUAAACCCACUGACAGGUGAAGUGAAUAACAUUGAUUAUAUCGUUACAAUAACACCUGCUAAGGCAUAGGAUAUAUCAGGCAGCAAGUGAACAGUCAGUUCUUGAAUUCCAUGUGUUGGAAGCAGGAAAAUGGGCAAGUGAAAAGAGUGACUCUGACAAGGGCCAAAUAGUGAUGGCUAGACAAAUGGGUCAGAACAUCUCCAAAACGGCAAGUCUUUUGGUGUGUCUCUGAUAUGCAUUGGUUAGUACCUAUCAAAAAUAUUGUUGUGUCAACCAAAAGUGGUGCAAGAUAGGGCAACUGGUGAACUGGUGUCAGGAUCAUGUGCACCCAAGGUUCAUUGAUGCAUGUUGGGAGUCCGAUCCCAAAAAAGAGCUACUGUAGACCAAAUUGCUCAAAAACUUAAUGGUAGCCAUAAUAGAAAGGUCUCAUAACACAUAGUUCAUCUAAGUUUGCUGCGUAUGAGGAGGAGUAGCCGCAGACCAGUCAGAGAUACUUCCCAUGAUCACCCCUGGCCACUGUUGACAGUGCCUUCAAUGGGGACGUGCGUCAGAACUGGAUUGUGGAGCAAUGGAAGAUGGUUGCCAAGUCUGAUGACUUACAUUUUCUUUUAGAUCAGAUGGAUGGCCUGGUGUGUGUGUGUCCUUUACCUAUGUUAAGCUCUGGACAAUGUUCUGCUGGGAAACCUUAGGCCGUGCUAUUCAUGUGGAAGUUACUUUGACACAUACCAUAUACCUAGAAAUUGUUGCAGACCAAAUACAACCCUUCAUGGCAAUGGUGUUUCCAGAUGGCAUCUUUCAGCAGGAUAACAAACCCUACCGUGCUACAAAAAUUGUAUGGAAUAAAUUUAAGGAACAUGACAAAGAGUAGAAGAUUUUCCUUUGACCCUCUAAUUCUUGGGAUGUGCUGGAACUACAAAACCGAUCAAUGAUCUCACAACAUGCAGGACUUAAAGGAUCUGCUGCUAAUGCCUUGACGUCCGGUACCACUGAAAACAUUGAGAGGUAUUUUGGAGUCAAUGCCUCGAUGCAUUUGGCAGCACAUGGGGGAUAUAAGGCAGCCAGUUUUAAUGUUAUGGCUAAUCAGUGUUGUAUCUUGAGAGCCCUGAGUUCAAACUACUAAAUCUCUGUAUCAAAGUUCAGGUGCGAUUGCCUAAAUUUUGGACCUGAGUCCCACCAGCCUGGAUUAGUUACAUCAGAGAAAUCUAUUUAAUUGUAUUAAAGGUAUAUUUGCAUGUGAGUCAUUGAUUACAAUUGUGCAUGCACUAGUGUGGAUCAGCAAUGCUUAGUGCUUGUGUGAGCACUUAAUUCGCUAUGCAUUGGCGGCUGGUUUGUAAUGAGCUCACUGGCAGCACGCAACUUACACGCAAUGUUUCUGUUACCCGUUGUGAUGUACAUCUUACCCUGAAAGGCUACUCCAGGUGCACAAUACAAUUUCCUUAAAAUAAUAUUUAACAUUAAAAAAAUAUACACCAUGAAAAAUAACAGUUUUAACCCUAUUUACAUUCUUUUUUGUGUAGGAACGGACCCAAACAAGCAUUAUAUUUCCAUCUAUAGGAGCUUAGCGGCGCUCUGGAUUAUAUUUGGCCUUGCGUGGCUCGCUCUGGUUUUUAAUCUCUUGGCCGACUUGGUGGAAAAACUGAUUCAUCUCAAAAGUCACAGGAACCAAACUAUAAGAGAGGACAACGCUGUGCAGAAGUGUGAAGACCACCCAGGGCAAACCAGAGUCCAGAAAUGA